AUGGGAAGCGGGUGUUGUAAGAAAACGCAAAUUUAUGAUGCUGCAGUGGCUGUCGUGCAAACACAAAAUGUAGUUGCAACAGAAACACCCUAUGGCUAUGUGUUUAUUUAUCCAGGUGCCCCAACACCCCAUCAGACGUAUACAUGUCCAAUGCUUUCUAUUCAUACGUACUAUCAUUCAUCACAGAAAACUGAUGUUGAUUAUGCAACGGCACAGCUUUCGAACAAAAAGAAGCAUAAUAAACAGUUUGAUCCUGUAUCUAAAGCAAAAGAAGAACAUUUGGCCUCAGAUGAAACUGUUCUUAUGAUUCCAGUCGAAGAUGUUAUCAAUAUUUAUUAUACUUCUGAUGUUAAGAAGAGUGUUAAAGCAGAAGAACAUUCACGUCGUGUACCUGUAGUAGCACAAAAUGGGUGUUGUAGUUGUUGUAAGGAUGAUCCGGAACCGCAACGGGAAACGACAGUCAUUGAACAAAAGAGUGCUCAUCGGGUUAUCACAAUACAUCUACAAUAUUCGAAGUACAGUAAUUUAGAUACAGUAUCAAAUGCACGUAUCCUUUCUGAAGCCGAUCGUGUACAAUUCUUCAGAGAUAAAUUUCAACCGAAUACAGAACUAAAAUUCUAUUUGGUUCGAAAUACAGAGUAUGAUUCAACUAAUUUUGAACAAAAGAGAGUGCAAGCUGAAAAUCUUUGCCGUAUUAUAAUGCAAUUGAAAGGUAUGAACAGUGGAAUUCCUAGUAACAAUUUACGUAUUCAUACGAAAGACAACGUGGUAGUCCCUGCUGUACCUGUCAUAUCCUAUCCAAGUCCACAAGAACUUCAGCAAAUCUUGAAUCAGCCAUACUAUGGAAUUUUUGGUGAUUCACAUCAAGAAAGAUCACAUUCCGUUCAAACACAACUAGAUUUUGGAACACAUGCACCAGUACCAAUAACGACAACUGUUUUAGGAGCAAUAGAAAUGCGAUCAAAAGGUGCAUCAGCGGUUAAAGAUGACAACAAGUCCUAG